GAAACUCACACGAAGAAGUAAACGGAAGUGAGCAGUUAUGAAAAAACCAUUUCCACGUUAUCGUUUUUAUUGUUGUUGUUUAGACGUGUAUUAACAGCCAUGAACUCAAAAUAUGACUAAUUUAACUGCAUCGUAUCACACCCCAUAUCGUGUUUAAUUCACGUUGGAGACAGGACUUGGUUGAUAGCUGUUAUCUAGGUAACGCUAGCUAGCUAGCUGCUAACGUUAGCAAAAAAUGGCUAACUGUAUGGUUUUUCACACUCAAAUAGCCUCCAUCAUGGAGGUGCUAGCGAAUGCCGCCGUGGCAGAGAUCUGUAAACUCGUAGACGACGACUAUGCAGUGUUUCGUUUGGAAAUAAAUCAAAGCCAGAAAGAAAACAGGUCAUUGCGGAGGAAACUACUGGAACUGAAGGUUGCACGGGAGCGCGCAGAGAGGACAAUGCGAGAGCGCGUCCUCGCCAGUCGUCCCAGUAGUGUCAAGAUCCUUGACCGAUACAGAGGAAUUUCAAGAGGUGAAGGACAUCUCACUGGAGGCCACAGAAGCUUUCUGAAGCCAGCGGAACACAAUACAUGGAGAGAUGACCAACCAAUCACUGUUGAUGAGGGGAGUGGAACCACAUCGCAGAAUUUUAUGGUGAUAGAGUCUGCAGAUGCAGAGGCUGCAGGUCCUGGGGUCAAGCAGGAGAGGUCUGAAGGAGAGGAGGACCCACGGAACAUCAGAGACAUUCAGUCUGGAGCGCCCUCUGCAGCCACGGAGGACCCCACCAACCAAGCGCAACCUAGGACCCGAUGCAGCAUCACGGAGGAGGAGGAGGGUCCAGAGGUGUUUCUGGUGAAGGAGGAGGGGUGUGAGGAGGGUCUGGGGAACCCAGAGGGGACCAUGGUCAUAGAGGACAACCAGACUACACCUCCUCCUGAACCCACUGAGCAGCACAAGACCACACACAAUUUCACUGAGUCAGUAGACAUGGAGGAUGGGAAGCCUGAUCUGCUGAUUGUCAAAGAGGAGACAAUAGAAGAUGAACCAGAGAGUAUUGACCUGCUGAGUAGACUAAAGAUGGGGGAGCAAGGUGGUUGGCUGGAGGCUAACAGGGGAGACUGGGCGGCCAUCUUGGAUUCCCAGAACCAGACGAGUGCAACCAAGGGCCCAGGGGACAUCACUGAGAAGGCCAGGACCAGAGGUGACAUAGUGGAGUCUGCAGUCCAUGAAGACCUGCUGAUAUCAGGUGUUGCUGGCGGAAGAGACUGGACCUCUGAGGCGGCAGGUCACAAACCUUGGCCUCGAAUCAGGACAGUGGAUCAAGAGCCGUCACUCUUCCUUCCCGAGUCGGAACCAGGACUCAACCGUGAGGGACAGAGACUCCACCACCACCAAUACACAGAACACAACCAGUGGACAGGUGGACUGAACAAUCUCAGUCCUGGUGGUCAUCAGAGAGACAGAGGCUCCAGUCAGGAAUCUAGUCUGCAGACCAGACCCUUCUCUUCACAGUCUCAGUGCAGGGAUGGAGCAGUGCCUGUGGCUGAUAGAGAUAGACCCUCCUGUUCUUAUGAUACAAACACCACAGUAUCCAUGAUGAACAGAGCAGGUCACGCUGGGCUUCAGCCUUCAAAGAGGGUGGUGGGCGACCCUCCUGGUGGUAGUCUUUCAGGAAGUCUGUCUUCUUCAGGGUCUCGUCUAAUGCCUAGUGACUGGGUUCAUAGAAAGCCUGGACCUGGAUCUAGCCUUCCUCAGUUACCUCAUGGUUACCCCACCAACACAGACAGGGUCAGGAUGGGCGUUCCCCACGAGAUGUACCUAGCUUAUAACACAGCACACAAUCCCAACAACACCCAAACAAUGACUAGAGGUCAAGGAGGGAGCUCAAAGACUAACCACCUGGGGGCGAUGGCUCCUGCUUCUACCUCCUCUGGUGUCAUCGGAUCACAACGUGGGAGGCUGAGCAUUAGGACAGACGCAGACAAGCCAUACGCCUGCCCCACAUGUGGGAAGCGCUUUACUGAGGCAAACUAUGUGAAGAAGCACCAGACAGUUCACACCAAGGAGAGGCCCUUCAAGUGCAAACUAUGUCACAAGAGCUUCUCCUUCCUGACUAACCUUACCAGACAUAGGAGUGUCCACAAAGGAGAGAAAUCAUAGCAGUGUGGCUUGAGUUUUACGCAGGGGAUAUCUGGGAACCAGUCUUUAGCUGCCAAACACUACAUGGCCAAAAGUAUGUGGACACCUUCUCGUCGAACAUCUCAUUCCAAAAUCAUGGACAUUUAUAUGGUCUCCCCUUUGCUCCUAUAACAUCCUGCACUCUUCUAGUAAUGCUUUCCACUAGAUGUUGGAACAUUGCUGUGGGUCUUGCACUGUCUUGGCACUGUUGUUAAGUGAUUAGGCCUGGCUUGCAGUCGGUCAUUCCAAUUCAUCUCAAAGGUGUACGAUGGGGUUUAGGUCAUGGUUCUGUGCAGGCCAGUCAAGUUCUUCCACACCGAUCUCAACAAACCAUUUGUGUAUGGACCUCACUUUGUGCACGGGGGCAUUGUCAUGCUGAGACAGGAAAGGACCUUCCCCAAACUGUUGCCACAAACUUGGACACACAGAAUCUUCUAGAAUGUUCUUGUAUCAACAUUUCCCUACACUGGAACUAAGGGCCUAGCCCAAAUCAUGAAAAACAGCUCCAAACCAUUUUUCAUCCUCCACCAAACUUUACAGUUGGCGCUAUGCAUUCGGGCAGGCAGCGUUCUCGUGGCAUCCGCCAAACCCAGAUUCGUCCAUUGGACUGCCAGAUGGUGAAGUCGUUCUUCCAGAUGGUGAAGCGUGUUUCAUCAAUCCAGAGAAUGCGUUUCCACUGCUCCAGAGUCCAAUGCCGGCGAGCUUUACACCACUCCAGCCGACGCUUGGCAUUGCGCAUGAUGAUCUUAGGCUUGUGUGCGGCUGCUUGGCUAUGGAAACCCAUUUCAUGAAGCUCCAGACGAACAGUUCUUGUGCUGACGUUGCUUUCAGAGGCAGUUUGGAACUGGAUAGUGAGUGUUGCAACCGAGGACAAACUAUCUUUACAUGCUAGUUUCUUCAGCACUCGGCGGUCCGGUUCUGUGAGCUUGUGUGGCCUACCACUUCACGGCUGAGCCUUUGUUGCUCCUAGACGUUUCCACUUCAUAAUAACAGCUCUUACAGUUGACCGGGGCAGCCCUAGCAUGGCAGAAAUUUGACAAACUGACUUGUUGGAAAGGUGGCAUCCUAUGACAGUGCCAUGUUGAAAGUCACUAAGCUCUUCAGUAAGGCCAUUCCACUGCCCGUUUUUGUCUAUGGAGAUUGCAUGUCGGUGUGCUCAAUGUUAUACACCUGUCAGCAACGGGUGUGGCUGAAAAAGCCGAAUCCACUAAUUUGAAGGGUGUCCACAUACCUAUGUAUAUACAGUGGGGAGAACAAGUAUUUGAUACACUGCCGAUUUUGCAGGUUUUCCUUCUUACAAAGCAUGUAGAGGUCUGUAAUUUUUUAUCAUAGGUACACUUCAACUGUGAGAGACGGAAUCUAAAACAAAAAUCCAGAAAAUCACAUUGUAUGAUUUUUAUGUAAUUAAUUAGCAUUUUAUUGCAUGACAUAAGUAUUUGAUACAUCAGAAAAGCAGAGCUUAAUAUUUGGUACAGAAACCUUCGUUUGCAAUUACAGAGAUCAUACGUUUCCUGUAAUUCUUGACCAGGUUUGCACACACUGCAGCAGGGAUUUUGGCCCACUCCUCCAUACAUACCUUCUCCAGAUCCUUCAGGUUUCGGCUGUCGCUGGGCAAUACGGACUUUCAGCUCCCUCCAAAGAUGUUCUAUUGGGUUCAGGUCUGGAGACUGGCUAGGCCACUCCAGGACCUUGAGAUGCUUCUUACGGAGCCACUCCUUAGUUGCCCUGGCUGUGUGUUUCGGGUCGUUGUCAUGCUGGAAGACCCAGCCACGAUCCAUCUUCAAUGCUCUUACUGAGGGAAGGAGGUUGUUAGCCAAGAUCUUGCGAUACAUGGCCCCAUCCAUCCUCCCCUCAAUACGGUGCAGUCGUCCUGUCCCCUUUGCAGAAAAGCAUCCCCAAAGAAGGGUGUUUCCACCACCAUGCUUCACGGUUGGGAUGGUCUCCUUGGGGUUGUACUCAUCCGUCUUCUUCCUCCAAACACGGCGAGUGAAAUUUAGACCAAAAAGCUCUAUUUUUGUCUCAUCAGACCACAUGACCUUCUCCCAUUCCUCCUCUGGAUCAUCUAGAUGGUCAUUGGCAAACUUCAGACAGGCCUGGACAUGCGCUGGCUUGAACAGGGGGACCUUGCGUGCGCUGCAGGAUUUUAAUCCAUGGCGUAAUUCUUACUGGUUGGUAGGUGAUCAAAUACGUAUGUCAUGCAAUAAAAGAGCUUCUCCUUCCUGAGUAUCCUUAUUGGGAAGGUCAGUGGGACAGUGGGAAGGUCCACAAUGGGGAGAAAUCAUAGCAGUGUGGCUUGAGAUUCAUUGGUAUUGGUAUUUUAUUAGGAUUCCCAUUAACUAUUGCAAAUGCAUCAGGUUCUCUUCCUGGGGUGCACACAAAACAUGAUACAAUAAGAACAUUAAUAGUCAAGAACAGCUCAAGGACAGAACUACAUACAUUUAAAACGUCACACAGAUUACAAAUGAGUACAUACACACAAAAAAUCUAGGUCAAAUAGGGGAGAGGUGCUGUGCCGAGAGAUGUUCAUUAAUCUGUUUUUUAAAAACAGGUUUGCUGUAAACUUGAGCAAUUUCAGAUGGAAGAGAGUUCCAUGUAAUCAUGGCUAUAUAUAAUACUGUACAUUUCUUGGAUUUGUUCUGGAUUUGGGAACUGUGAAAAGUCCCCUAGUGGCAUGUCUGGUAGGCUAAGUGUGUGUGUCAGAGCUGUGUGUAAAUUGACAAUGCAAAGGAUUUGGAAUUUAACACAUUGACUGCAUCACCUUUUUUCAUAAGAAACCGUCUCUGCUCUACUUUUAGCCAAGAGAGACUGGUAUGUAUAGUGUUGAUAUUAGCCUUCUGAUUACAGUGACGAGCAAGACAUUCCACUCUGUUCUGGGCCAGCUUCAGUUUUUCCUAUGUCCUUUGCCCUGACUGGGCAAUAAUCAAGAUAAGAUAAAACUAGAGCCUUUAUUUGCGGAGUGUGGUGUCAAAAAAGCCAAGCAUCUCUUUAUCAUGGACAGACCUCUCCCCAUUUUUACAACCACUCAAUGAAUAUGUUUUGUCCAUGAUUGUUUACAAUCUUUUCCUGGUACAUUUGUUUUUAUUUUGUUAUAAUUCCAAGGUCACACCAUGUAAUUUAGUCUCCUCAACUUGCUCAACGGCCACAUUAUUCAUGAUCAGAUUCAGCUGAUGUAUAGAACUUAAAUGAUUUGAGGGAAUGAUUUUUACCAAAUAUAAUGCUCUUAGUUUUAGAGAUGUUCAGGACUAGUUUAUUACUGGCCACCUAUUCUAAAACGGACUUCAACUCUUUGUUUAGGGUUGCAGUGAUUUCCCUAGCUGUGGUUGCUGACACAUAUAAGGUUGAAUCAUCAGGGUACAGUCAGUAUACAGUGCAUUCGGAAAGUAUUCAGACCCCUUCAUUUUCCCCACAUUUUCUUACGUUAUAGCCUUAUUCUAGAAUUGAUUAAAUAGUUUUUCCCCCCCUCAUCAAUUUACUCACAAUACCCCAUAAUGACGAAGCAAAAACAGUUUUUUCGAAAAAACAAAAAUAUCACAUUUACUUAAAUAUUCAGACCCUUUACUCAGUACUUUGUUGAAGCACCUUUAGCAGCGAUUACAGCCUUGAGUAUUCUUGGGCAUGACGCUACAAGCUUGGCACACCAGUUUUUGGAGAGUUUCUCCCAUUCUUCUCUGCAGAUCCUCUCAAGUUCUGUCAGGUUGGAUGGGGAGCUUCGCUGCACAGCUAUUUUCAAUGUCUCUUCAGAGAUGUUUGAUCGGGUUCAAGUCCGGUCUCUGGCUGGGCCACUCAAUGACAUUCAGAGAUUUGUACCAAAGCCACUCCUGCUUUUUCUUGGUAGUACUUAGGGUCGUUGUCCUGUUGGAAGGUGAACCUUCACCCCAGUCUGAGGUCCGGAGCGCUCUGGAGCAGGUUUUCAUCAAGGAACUCUCAGUACUUUGCCCCGUCAUCUUUCCCUCGACCAUGACUAGUCUCCCAGUCCCUGCCUCUGAAAAACAUCUCCACAGCAUGAUGCUGCUAGCACCGUGCUUCACCAUAUCGAAGGUGCCAGGUUUUCUCCAGACGUGACGCUUGCCAUUCAGGCCAUAGAGUUCAAUCUUGGUUUCAUCAGACCAGAGAAUCUUCUUUCUCACGGUUUGAGAGUCCUUUAGGUGCCUUUUGGCAAACUCCAAGCGGGCUGUCAUGUGCCUUUUACUGAGGAGUGGCUUCCGUCUGCCCACUCUACCAUAAAGGCCUGAUUGGUGGAGUGCUGCAGAGAUGGUUGUCUUUCUGGAAUGUUCUCUCAUCUCCACAGAGGAACUCUGGAGCUCUGACAGAGUGACUAUCGGAUUCUUGGUCACGUCCCUGACCAAGGACUUUCUCCCCGAUUUCUCAGUUUGGCCGGGGCAGCCACCUCUAGGAAUAGUCUUGGUGGUUCCAAAUUUCCUCAAUUUAAGAAUGAUGGAGGCCACUGUGUUCUUGGGGACCUUCAAUGACCUUCAUUUUUUGGAACCCUUCCCCAGAUCUGUUCCUCAACACAAUCCUGUCUCGGAGCUCUACAGACUAUUCUUUCGACCUCAUGACUUGGUUCUUGCGCUGACAUGCACUUGCGCUGACAUGUGGUACCUUAUAUAGACAGGUGUGUGUUUUUUUUUUCAGGGGGUGGAUCAGCUUUAAUAUUGAGGAUAGAUUGUUGCUUCCAUCAAUGUAAUUGUCUGCAACAUUUCCAAUCCCCCACAUAUUUUUGGGUAACACACUUUUUUUUAGACUAUACCUUUAUUAUUCCUCGCAAACCCUACCACCCCUCCCCCAAUUGGAGUAAACUAAGAAACAAUAACACUUAGGCUUCUACCUUCAGUUUAUACAUAUUAUAUACAUAUCUAUUUUACAAUAGUUAUAUUUAGUUUGUUUUAAUCUAUCCUCUAUUUCCGAUGUCCAUCCGGUUUGUAACGCGAUUUAACAACAUUUCUGAACCUAUUUUACAGACCUGUAUGUUUUACAUUGGUUAUCUUGUUGUUAUUAGUCCCACCCUUCAGCUCCAUUCAACCCCUCCCAUCUAUCUCUUAACACCAUCCAUUUUGGAUUUCUAUUUGCCAUAUAUGUUUCAACUGUGCUGUGAUGCUUCACAAAAGUACUGAACCUUUUUAUUUUCAUAGCUUCUACAGAUUGUAAAUAAAAUAUAAAAAAAUCAAUAAUAUAAUAAUUAUUUUAGAUCAAUUGACUAUGACUUUUCAAAUCAUCCAGUAUUGCUAUCUACAGAGUUAGUUCUAGGUAAAUGUUGCAAUUCUUCAGCCAUUCCUGGACCUGUGACCAAAAACAAGCUACAUAUGGACAGUACCAAAAUAAAUGAUCUAAUAUCUCUUCUUCCUCGCAGCAAAAUCUGCAGAGCUGGGAAGAUUGUAUCCCCCACAUAUAUAUAUAAUAUUCUAUUGGUUGCAAGAAUUUUGUAUAAUCAUUUAAAUUGAAAAAUUUGAAGUUUUGAAUCUGGCAUCGUUUUGCGUGUCAAUUCAUAAACCAUGUGCAAUGGAAUCGGUACAUCGAACAUCUCUUCCCAACUAUUUUGCGAUUUACAUGGCACAGCUGUCAAUUUUUUGGUCCUUAAAUUAAAUUGGUAUAUACUUUCAUUUAUCACAGUUUUCUUUAACCAUUUUUGGUCUUUAAUGCAGGGCCUGACAGACAAGUUCCUUACUUUUUCCCCCUUCCACUUGCCUCUUCCAUUUUUGUGGUAAUGAGGCGAUUAGUUGGUUGUAAUUUUGGGUAUAGCAGACAUUUCCAUAUGUCUGUGUUAGCUGCAUGUGUGACAUAACUCCACCAGUCCUAUUUAUGAUAACAUUUGCAAAAAUUAUACCUUUUUUAAAGAUUUUAUCAAAAAAUACAUUUUUAUCAAUUAGUAUAUUUGAAAAAAUAAAUAUUUGAGUUUUACCACAAUAUUUGUAUUUUUUCUGUCUUUUCAGGUGGAUUAAACUGAAAUUACAAACAACUUCAAAUCAAAUUUGAUUUGUCACAUACACAUGGUUAGUGUCGUGGAGAAUCAUUUCAAAAUAUAACACUUACAAGAACUUGUGAAUUCAAUAUAGGCUUUUAAUACAAACAUAUCAGAAGCCUAGAAUGUCCGCGGAACACACACUUUCCCAGAGCACUGGCUCUGUAUUUAUACACACACAGUAUAUGAGUCCAUUCCAUAUGUUAAUGAAGUUAACUUCCCUCAGGUCAUCGGCCACCAUUAUCUUUCAGUCCAGGCUUCCAGCUUGUUCAUGCCUAAUAACGCCUGUAUCCGCUCUUGAUUAGAUUACAAUGGUGGCAGGACCCUCUCGUGUCCUAAAAUUAAUGUAUAUCUAUCUUACCCUAAGCACUUAUGGCCUUUAAUCUAAGCACUUAUGUCCUUUACCCUCUCUAUCUAAUCUUUAUAAUGAUGUCCUGCUCCUUCCAUAAUAGAUAAUGUAUUUAAGGGUCACCUCCUCCUCUUUGCCCUAAACCCUUAUGCACAGUAAAGCACGUAUGGCUUCGGCCAUUACACUUAUGUCUGUUUAAUCUUUGGUUUCCUGUCCGCUUUCUGUUUGUGGUCUAAUGUAUACCUAUCUUUGCUCAAUAGUGUCAUAUCUGUCUCUAUAUGUAACAAAAACUACAACAUUAGCAGAUGUUAAUGCGAGUGUAGCGAAAUGCUUGUGCUUCUAGUUCCGACCAUGCAGUAAUAUCUAACAAGUAAUCUAAUCUAACAAUUUCACAACAACUACCUUAUACACACAAGUGUAAAGGAAUGAAUAAGAAUAUGUACAUAAAAAUACAUGAAUGAGUGAUGGCCGAUGCAGUAGAUGGUAUAGAGUACAGUAUAUAAAUAUGAGAUGAGUAAUGUAGAGUAUGUAAACAUUAUAUAAAGUGGCUAGUGAUACAUUUAUUACAUCAAUUUUUCCAUUAUUAAAGUGGCUAGAGUUGAGUCAGUAUGUUGGCAGCAGCCCCUCAAUGUUAGUGAUAUCUGUUUAACAGUCGGAUGGCCUUGAGAUAGAAGCUGUUUUUCAGUCUCUAGAUCCCCGCUUUGAUGCACCUGUACUGACCUCGCCUUCUGGAUGAUAGCGGGGUGAACAGGCAGUGGCUCGGGUAGUUGUUGUCCUUGAUGAUCUUUUUGGCCUUCCUGUGACAUCGGGUGGUGUAGAUGUCCUGGAGGGCAGGUAGUUUGCCCCCGGUGAUGCGUUGUGCAGACCUCACUACCCUCUGGAGAGCCUUGCGGCUGUGGGCGGAGCCGUACCAGGAGGUGAUACAGCCCGACAGGAUGCUCUCGAUUGUGCAUCUGUAAAGGUUUAUGAGGGUUUUUGAUAACAAGCCAAAUUUCUUAAGCCUCCUGAGGUUGAAGAGGUGUUGCUUCUUCACUAUGCUGUCUGUGUGGGUGGACCAUUUCAGUUUGUCCGUGAUGUGUAUGCAGAGGAACUUAAAACUUCCCACCUUCUCCACUACUGUCCCGUCAAUGUGGAUAGGGGGUCCACGAUCAUCUCCUUUGUUUUGUUGACAUUGAGUGUGAGGUUAUUUUCCUGAAACCACACUCCGAGUGCCCUCACCUCCUCCCUGUAGGCCGUCUUGUCGUUGUUGGUAAUCAAGUCUACCACUAUCUGCAAACUUGAUGAUUGAGUUGGAGGCGUGCAUGGCCAUGCAGUCAUGGGUGAACAGGGAGAUCAGGAGAGGGCUGAGAACACACCCUUGUGGGGCCCCAGUGUUGAGGAUCAGCGGGGGCGAGAUGAUGUUACCUACCCUCAUCACCUGGGGGCGGCCCGUCAGGAAGUCCAGGACCCAGUUGCACAGGGCAGGGAUGAGACCCAGGGUCUCGAGCUUAAUGACGAGUUUGGAGGGUACUAUGGUGUUAAAUGCUGACCUGUAGUCGAAGAACAGCAUUCUUACAUAGGUAUUCCUCUUGUCCAGAUGGGUUAGGGCAGUGUGAUUGCGAUGGCAUCGUCUGUGGACCUAUUGGGGCGGUAAGCAAAUUUGAGUGGGUCUAGGGUGGAGGUGAUAUGGUCCUUGACGAGUCUCUCAAAGCACGGAAGUGAGUGCUAUGGGGCGGUAGUCAUUUAGCUCAGUUACCUUAGCUUUCUUGGGAACAGGAACAAUGGUGGCCCUCUUGAAGCAUGUGGGAACAGCAGACUGGGAUAAGGAUUGAUUAAAUAUGUCCGUAAACACACCAGCCAGCUGGUCUGCACAUGCUCUAAGGACGCGGCUGGGGAUGUCUUCUGAGCCUGCAGCCUUGCGAGGGUUAACACGUUUAAAUGUUUUUCUCACGUUGGCUGCAGUGAAGGAGAGCCCGCAGGUUUUGUUAGCGGGCCGUGUCAGUGGCACUGUAUUGUCCUCAAAGCGAGCAAAGAAGUUGUUUAAUUUGUCUGGGAGCAAGACAUUGUGGUCCGCGACGCUUGUUUAAAAAAAUAACGAUAUUUUGGAAAUGAUUUUGUUUUCAAAGAACCGAAAGUGAGCAGUUGUCAUCUGAAUAAAAGGAAAAAGGCCAUUCUUGAACAUGGGUGAGACAUUCUUACUAAUUUACUAGAGAACCAUUUUGGAUUUAAGUAUAACUUUUGUAUGACUGAUACCUUUAGUGAGAGGUCUAAUGCUUUAAUAUUUAAUCAUUUCUGCCCUCCGAAAUCAUAUUCGUUAUAUAAAUAGGCCCUUUUAAUUUUGUCUGGCUUGCCAUUCCAAAUAAAAUUGAAUAUUUUUUGUUCAUAUAAUUUUUUAAAAACUAGGUGUAGGCAAAACCAUAAGCAAAUAGGUAAACUGUGAUAUGACUAAACAGGUAUUUUCCUUUCCAUGGUAGCAAGAUUUUAUCUAUUUUUGCUAACUUUCUAUAAAAAUUGAUUGAAGUGAGAUCAUUUCUUUAUUUUGGGAUAUGUAUACCGAGUAUGUCCACAUCCGCUUCAGACUAUUUUAUUGGUAAACUACACGGUAAUGUAAAAGUUGAAUUUUUUUGUGAUCCAAUAUGUAAUAUCAUAAUUUGUUUUACUCCUCUUGACAGUUUAAAACUUUCUGAGAUGUAGCCAUUUUUUUACUAUUUUACACCUAGGGUUUGACUUUAACCCAUUUUAUAAGUGAUUCUCCAAAUUUGAAAUAUUCUCGGCAUUUUAUAUAUAAACUCCAGUCGUACUUUAUCAAAAGCCUUUUCAAAAUUAGCAACGAAAACCAGGCCUAGUUUCCCCGAUAUUUCAUAGUAUUCUAUUGUUUCCAGUACUUGUCGGCAGCGUAGCCUAGUGGUUAGAGCGUUGGACUAGUAACCGGAAGGUUGCGAGUUCAAACCCCCGAGUUGACAAGGUACAAAUCUGUCGUUCUGCCCCUGAACAGGCAGUUAACCCACUGUUCCCAGGCCGUCAUUGAAAAUAAGAAUGUGUUCUUAACUGACUUGCCUGGUUAAAUAAAGGUAAAAUAAAUAAAAAAUAAAUAAAUAAAUUAUCUCCAAUGUAUCGUCCAUGUAAAAAUCUGUCUGACUAGGAUGAAUAAUAUCUGACAAUACCUUUUUAAUUCUAUGCGCCAAGCAUUUAGCUAGAAUUUUUGCAUCACAACACUGAAGUGUAAGAGGCCUCCAAUUUUUCUAAUGGACUGGAUCUUUAUUUAUACCACUUGGAUCCUGUUUCAGUAAUAAUGAAAUCAGACUUUGUUGCGUGUCCGAUAAUCUACCACUUAUAUAGGAGUGGUUAAAACAUGCUAAUAAUGGUCCUCUGAGUAUAUCAAAAAAAGUUUUGUAUACUUCCACUGGUAUGCCAUCUAGCCCUGGAGUUUUCCCAGACUUAAAGGCUUUAAUUGCAUCAAGAAGUUUCUCCUCUGUAAUUUGGCCUUCACAUUAGUCUUUCUGUAUAGAUGUUAAUUUGACAUUAUUAAUAGGAAAAAUAAUCCAUACAAUUAGCUUAGGUUAGUGGAGAUGGAGGAGACUGAAACAAAAAUAUAGCAUUUCUAUGUUGAAGGUUGAAAAAUAAUUUUGUGCAUUUUUUCCCAUAUUCCAUCCAGUUCGCUUUAUUUUUAUAAUAUCUUACACUGGAUCUUUCUUGAAUAAGUUCCAACAUUUAUUUUUGUUUUUCCUCUAACUUAUUCUGUGCCUCUAUGGUACUGUUUUUAUUGCUAUCUAACUGUACUGUUUGUCCUUCAAUUUCCUUUGAUAAUAUGGAAAUCAUGUCCAAUCAAUUAAAUUUACCACAGCUGGACUCCAAUCAAGUUGUAAAAACAUCAAGGAUGAUCAAUACAAACAGGAUGCACCUGAACUCAAUUUUGAGUCUCAUUGCAAAGGGUCUGAUUACUUAUGUAAAUAAUGUAUCUGCUUUUUAUGUUUAAUACAUUUGAAAAAAAUCUAAAAAUCUGUUUUCACUUUGUCAUUAUGGGAUGUUGUGUGUAGACUGAUGAAGAAAAUGGUUUACAUAAUCAAUUUUAGAAUAAGGCUGUAACAUAACAAAAUGUGGAAAAAGUGUAGAAGUCUGAAUACUUUCCGAAUGUACUGUUCAUAGACACAGGCUUUGUUUAAUGCCAGUGGUAGGUCGUUAGUAAAAAUAAUAAAGAGUAGAGGGCCAAGAGAGCUGCCCUGCGGUACAACACACUUUACAUGUUUAAUGAGCCACUGAACACUCCGAUUGGUACGUGUGUUUUUAUGCUGCUUGUUCGAUUAUUAGAUUAGAUUUCAGCCUUGGAGGCGUUUUUCUGACCGAUUCCAAGUUUGAUUAAUGAUGUUUUCAUGGUUCAAGCUAAGUCUCUUAGUUCCAGUGAAGUGAAAUCUUAAGGCUACAGUAUAGAAUGAUAUUCUAGACAUUUCACAAAUAGGAAAUUUGAUAUGUAAUGUAAUAAACAGUAGGGGUCAUCAACUAGAUGGUCUGUAGAACCUGCCACAUACGUCUCAUGUCUGAGCCUUUGAUUUGUGACUCCAUUUAGUCUCUAUACUGACAUUUCGCUUGUUUGAUUGCCUUGGAGGGAAUAACUACACUGUUUGUAUUUGGCCAUAUUCUCAGUCACCUUUCCACGGUUAAAUGCUGUGGUUUGCACUUUCAGUUCUGCACGAAUGCCGCCAUCUAUCCACGGUUUCUGAUUAGGGUAGGUUUUAAUAGUCACAGUAGGUAUAACAUCUCCUAUGCACUUCCUUAUAAACUCACUCAACGAAUCGGUAUAUACGUCAAUAUUAUUCUCUGAGGCUACCCGGAACAUGUCCCAGUCCGCGUGAUCAAAACAAUCUUGAAGCGUGGAUUGGUCAGACCAGCGUUGAAUUGUCCUUAGCACAGGUACAUCCUGUUUGAGUUGUUGGGGAAUAAUCAGAAUUAGUUGGGUAACAUAGAUAAGAUGUUUUAUUUUCAUUAUAUGCUUGUGAGUUACUUCUCAUCAAAAUGUCUAUUUUUGUAUAAUACUGUUGGCCGGUUGCAGUUAUCUGUUCUCUGUCAUGGGGUAAGUUACUUGGGCCGCAGAGAGGGGAGGGGUCAAGCUUGUCUUCAUAUGUAAACAAAUCUUUUAAAUCAAUUAUCUCUUGGCUCCACAAUGUCUGUGUGCCAGUCACUGUGUCUCUGUGAUCUUGUCCAGGAGGGGUGUAUUUGAUAUAUGCCUGUUCAUGAGGAUUUGUUUUAUGGUCCUGAGAGCGAGAUGAGAACAUAGUUUAGGAGACAAAGCUGAACGAUAAUUUAUAGCCAAUGCUGUCUGGCUAUGUGUGUCUUUGCUAUAAAGGAUCUCAGUUGCAAUGUGUAAGGACUCUCAGAGAAUUCAUUGAUAGACACUGAAUUGAUCUGAGAGUCACAGGGUUGUGAUGGAGCUCAUAUAAUUAAAGAUGGACUUUAUGAUAACUCUGA